AUAAAUCUAGCCAAUUGGCCACUUCCUGGAAGGCCCACCCUCAAAAGGGAAGUUCCCUUUCUGACCUCAAGACAAGCUGAUCACAUUCACAGAACUGAAACUGUUUUGGCAAGAGAGACAGACAGUUGGAGAGAAAAGGAGAAAAGAAAAGAGUUGCAGAGAGGACAGCUAAAAGGAAAAAGUGAAAGCCAUCUCUGAAAACCUGCAAGAGGGCUACAGACUUGACUUCCAAGCUCAGCACUUGAUCUGACCUCUGGUCUACUUUUCCAGCCAAAAUGCCUGCUAACUUCAGUGGAACGUGGGAAAUGGAAAAGAAUGACAACUUCGAAGGCUACAUGAAGGCUUUAGAUAUUGAUUUUGCCACCCGCAAGAUUGCCGUCCACCUGAGCCAAACAAAAGAAAUCGAACAAAACGGUGACUCCUUCAAGACAAAAACUUUGAGCACUUUCCGAAACUAUGACGUGGACUUCACUAUUGGCGUGGAAUUUGAGGAGUACACUAAGGGUCUUGACAAUAGAAAAGUAAAGACACUUGUGACCUGGGAGGGUGAUAAACUUGUAUGCGUCCAGAAAGGUGACAAGAAAAACCGAGGUUGGAAACAGUGGAUUGAAGGUGACAAACUGUAUUUGGAACUGACAUGUGAAGACCAGCUGUGCCUUCAAGUAUUUAAGAAGAAAUAAUAACUGAUCAGGAAACCCAUUGAUUUCCAAGUCAGUAGUUUUAUUUACUUUGGGGAGAGGCUGUAGGAGGUCCUCUUUCUACAAUACCUGUCUCGUCGAGAUGUCUGAAUGGAUGGAUUUUUAAUAGCAGAUUUGUACCGGUGACAACCAAAACUUUCUCCUCUGCAACUGGAAUUAAAUAAAAUUCAUUUUGAUUCUCGUAA